AUGACUCUCGGGGCGUGGACCAGCUUUCUCCGAUUUUUCUAUACUAUGAUGCACAUGCAUGCAUGGAAUGCGUGGCUACCAGGGUUCUUCGACCACGCGCAAUCAGGCUGCGUAUCAAUGUAUGAGAUUAUGCGUUCCAGUCAUGUCUACGAACAGAACAACAAGCCUUCUGAACCCCAGAUAUGGGAAAGCGUAGAUGCAACCUCACCCCCCUCCGUGUCUACGGGAAUGCCACGUUCAGCCAGUCAAAUCCCAGAAACAAUAAGGCCCCCAAGCUCAAGAAAAGAUGAAACAUUCUCCAACCCCCUCUCUCGCAUGUCCUAG